UUUGUUUUCACGAACCCUCGUGGCAAAGAGAUUGACCUACUGGUACUAGCUUCAAAGUUGUCCUUUAAAUAAGAUGUGGUGGAUUCCUUUAUUUCUUUUGGUAGAGCUGACGUCACAAGCCUACGCAGCGACGAUAAAAGACUCUUCGAACCUGAAACUGGUAUGUUACUACGCUAACUGGGCAGUUUAUAGGCCUGGACUGGCCAAAUUCACGCCAGACAACAUCAACCCAUACUUAUGUACCCAUUUGAUCUAUGCUUUCGCUGGCUUUGGCAAGGAUUAUGAAUUGAAGCCUUUUGAUUCGUACAAUGAUAUUGAACAAGGUAAUUACAGAAAAUUCGUGGGUCUGAAAAGGUAUAAUCAAGACCUAAAAACAAUGAUUGCUAUUGGAGGUUGGAAUGAAGGAUCAAAAAGGUUUUCUAAGCUGGUAGCAGACUCUUCAACGCGUGAAAAGUUUAUACAAAGUACCAUACGCUACUUGAGACAAAAUAGGUUUAAUGGCCUGGACUUGGACUGGGAGUAUCCUGGUUCGAGAGACGGCAGCAGCUAUGAUGAUCGCAAGGGUUACGCUCUUUUAAUUAAGGAACUACGAGAAGCUUUUGACGAAGAGAGCAAUUCGCGCGGAAAGGAGAGACUGAUACUUUCAGUCGCAGUGCCUGCUGGGAAGGAUUACAUUGAUAAUGGAUACGACGUUCCAGAAAUAUCAAGGUACGUGGACUUUAUUAAUGUUUUGACCUACGACUAUCACACUGCUUACGAAGGGGUUGUAAAUCAUCACGCUCCUCUUCAUAAAACCCCCGACGUUGGCCGUUGGGACGAAAGAGACAGACUAAAUGUGAACUGGACAAUAAACUACUACCUGGAGUUGGGCGCCCCUAGACACAAGCUGAUAGUAGGAGUUCCUACUUAUGGCCGAUCAUUUACCCUACUGGACCCUCUUGACAAUAGGAUCGAAGCCCCUGCAGAUGGUCCUGGUGAAAAGGGCCCAUCUACUAAAGAAAAAGGAUAUUUGGCAUACAACGAGAUUUGUCAGGGUAUAUUGAAAGACAACUGGGAAGUCCGACGCCCUUAUCCGGAACUUUUGGGACCGUACUGCUACAAGGAUAACCAGUGGGUUGGGUUUGAUGACGAAAUGAUGGUCAUCAAUAAAGCAGGCUACAUCAGAGAACAAGGUUUAGGAGGCGCUAUGGUCUGGACAUUGGAUAAUGAUGAUUUUCGAGGAUUGUGCGGAGAAGAGAACCCCCUGGUGACGACCUUACGCACUACUCUACUGACUGGUACUAAGGAACCCCCUACGAAAUCUGUAGUACAGACAAAACUAGAUGAAAUCAAAAAGCCAUUAUUAUCGAAUAUAGAAGAAUCCAGCAAACAUGGCAGACGUUUGCCUAAUUAUCAUCGGCUGAGAAACGAUACCAGAGCUAUCAUCAAGAAUCCCAAGGACCUUCUUCAGACACCCAAGCCUCCGACAACCCCUGAUCCAGGUGGUGAUUUUGUUUGCACAGAUGAGGGCUUCUUCAAGAACCCUAAAAAUUGUAAGAAGUACUACUGGUGUUUGGAUAGCGGGCCAGCAGAGCUGGGUAUCGUUCCUCAUACUUUCACUUGUCCAGCUGAUUUGUAUUUCAACCCACUGAGAGACUCUUGUGAUUAUCGCCGCAACGUGCAUUGUGAAGAAGAAGAAUCCACGACUAAACCAACAAUCUCAAAACCAUCUCGGCCAACCAGAAAAUACUUCCGACGUAAGCGCCCACGACACCAUUUCCGUAGGACCACAACAACAACUACAACAGAAGCUCCGCAAACAGAGGUCCCAACCACCCAUAAUCUUGCUGACCUGGUACGCCUGCUGCAAUCACUCUUAAGGAAUGAACAGUUGACCAAAGAAGAUACUACUGAUGCACCAAUAACAUUAGCUCCAAUAUCCAGAACCCUUCCAAACUAUGUCACUCCUCAAAGGAAUCCAGGAGUGGAACCCACAACAGGACCGUUAACCAGCACAUCUUCAUCAACCACAAUAAAGAAAGCUGCAAGACACAAAAUUCCACGAUAUCGACAUCACUCCCAAAACUUAUCAGCUGCGGGUCCUCCAAAAACUUCCAGCAAUGCGCCAGUUCCUCAGUUGACUAACCAAGUUCCACGGAGGCCACAGUUUGAGGCUGCAUCAGUUAACGAAAAGUUAUUUCAAUAUGUGUCACCAAACAGGAAGAAGUCUAAAGCUAAAGAAAAUAAAGAUGACCCUAUGGUGGACUGGGGAGGGCCACAAGUUCCACUCAUUCCAGCAGAGCAAAAGGAAGUUGGAUCCUUGUUUAUCGAUCAAAAUCACGAAAGAACCAAAGUUUUAACAUCAACGGAACCUUUUUCCGAAGCUAGAACCACUAAUGAUUUCAAAUCUCGCGUUCUUGACAACCCUUUUCAAUACAAGGCCAUUGAACGAGUGAAUCCAUCCAGCAGAAAAUCUAGAGAGAUGCUGUUCAAAGAUAAUGAAACACCUCGCAUGUCUCAUUUGCUGACUCGACACAGGGGUGGUUCUAGGGCACGAACACGGGUACGAUUUCGGGUGAGACCACGCACGAGGGAAAGUGAAGAUGCCGUUUCCUCUCGCAUAAGCUCGGUGACCUUGCCAAAAGAUCAAGAUCUAUCAGACUUUACAGCUGUCCAUCAAGCCACGCGUCGGCAGUUGCGACGACGACCACACCGGACAACAACAACUACUCCGAAACCCAGAGGACCUGGAGUAACCAUAGCAGAAAGCAUGAAUGUCCAGUGCAUCCGUCAAGGGGUCCACCGACAUCCAAAGAACUGUAGCCAGUUUAUUGUGUGCGCUUUUGAGUUUGAUGGUACCUUCAGAAAUUAUUUCCACAGUUGUCCACAACGGCAGAUAUUUGACGAAACAUUGGGCAGGUGUAUGUUUGGAAAUAUGGACACUUGCUUAAUUACUGUUUAGUCACUUGAUGAGGUCCUGAAAUAUGAGCUUCAAAUCUUCCUCACCUCCGAAUGUUUUUUUUAGAAAUAAUUCG